UUUUGAUAAAUGGUCGCCUUACAAGGAUGUUCCACCUGCAUCACUAGCGCGCCCAUCUCCAGAUUCGCAAGCUGUCCGAAGCUACAACACCACGCAGCCAAAUAGCACUUUCUACAAACUCCAAAUUUCUCCAGUUGUAGCAAAACGAUAUGUCAGGAGCUGGAUAUGAUGUUGUUGUCGAUGUGGAUGAGGAAGUAUGUUCAUCUUUUGUAACUCCUCGGGGCUUGCUCCUCAAUCUCAGUAUCCAAAACCGCAUCAACACUAACCAAAAAACAGGGCGAUCUAGGCCACACUGAUCUCCAAGAAGAUCUCUCCUUUCACAACUCCAAUUUCGAAGCUAAUCCCUCCUCGUCCCGCAAUAAGCCUACAUCCCCCGGUCUUCCCGCCCCGGCCACUGCAGGCGGUCCCAGUAACUCGAAACGUUACCUUUGGUCCCUACAUUUCUACUCUCAGUUCUUCGAUGUGGAUACCUCUUCCGUGCUAGCACGUUGCUGGGCAGCUUUGUAUCCUCGCGCAAAUUUCUUGGAUGUGCUGGAGGGGAAUCCGGAUUUGUAUGGACCGUUCUGGAUUGCUACGACGGUUAUUUUCAUUCUGUUUAUGGGAGGGACCGUCAGUUUGUAUUUGGCAGAGAGGGGUGAAGGGAGAUUUGCCUAUGAUUUUGGUUUGUUAAGUGGUAGGUUCUUCAUUUAUCUUUUACUUGCUUGGAUGUUGAGGCAAAUUCAAAUAAGAUGAUUACAGUACUAAUUCGGUUUCUUCAACAGGUGCCGCAGGUCUAAUCUAUGGCUAUACAUUCAUAAUUCCCAUUCUUCUCUUCCUAGCCCUCAAAUACUUCGGCAGUGAAUCUGCCAACCUCCUCGAAUGUGCCGCUCUCUACGGCUACUCCAACCUCGUAUGGAUUCCUGUCGCCUUGGUCUCCUGGUCAUCCCUUACAAUCAUGAAUUGGGUAUUCGUAGGAGUUGGAUUUGGAUUGAGCGUUGCCUUCCUCCUCAGAAAUCUUUAUCCCGUUCUCAGCGCUACGGACAAACAGACAAGUAAAAUACUGCUUAUCUUAGUGGUUGUUCUACAUGCCGGUUUGGCAAUUGCUAUUAAGGUGUUGUUCUUUGCGCAUGGAAGUCCGGUGGCUAAGAAACCUGCUACGGAAGAUCCUGCUAAGGGGGAUAAUCCAACUAGGAUGUUAUUUUAGGGACUUGGACAUUAUGCGGUUAUUUUAUUUUUGCUUUAUGGUUGGACUUUGAGGAGAGACGAAGUGAAUGCUGGGCCGGAUUCAAGAGAGGAAAAAGUAUUUUCAAGAAGUAUAAGUCUAAGUCUACUUCAAAAUCAAAUCAAUAGAUCGAUACCCAUUAUCAUGUACGAAUAUAUCAUGUUAUCUUAUUGCUCAAUGCAUGUCUAAAUACCCUGCUCAAUCGUCGUGUUCUUUUUCCA